CUCGAAAGGUGCACAGGUAACCGGUGAUCCCGGUCGACCCACCAGUGAACCAGACUCCAGUGAAACAUAACGCGCUUCAAGGUACAAUCUCAGAUUGGUACCUAUCAUGCACAUGGGCCUGGCGGCUAGUAGUACCUUUGUCAUUGUCAACAUUGUUAACCGACUUUACUGACUGCGGCCGCAGGAUCUCCGAGUAAUGACAAAGACAGUCUGACAUGCCAAACCGUUCGCGUCAUUGUGAACAAAUCCGCAGUUAAACCUGGUGCUUCUGCACAUUGGUGUGCAACACUACUUUAUAAAACUAUUAGCAUCUCGACUUACAAGUCUGAACAGUCGCCUUCAAUAGAUCAUGUCUACCGAACUUGAGUCACCCCCCCAUGUCGUACUCUGGGGUGUCGCCAAGCCACCCAAUGCACCUAGCUCAUCUGGCUUCUGCCAAAAGCUAGAAACAUUCCUCAGAUUUAGUGGCAUAUCAUACGAAGUUGGCGAGACGGUCCCAAUGAAAGCUCCCAAGGGCAAAGUUCCCUUCGCCGACAUCAAACAUGACGGGAAAACUGUCACUAUCCCGGAUUCUCAUUUUAUCAUCCGCUAUCUCAUCGAGAACGGGCUCAUCAAAGAUCCGGAUACCGUCGCCGGCUUGACUCCUGCUCAGAAGGGCGAGUCGAGAGCAUGGCAGGCGUAUAUUGAAGAGGUGCUAUACUCUGCCAUCGUUCGAGAUCGGUGGUACAUAGACGAGAACUAUGCAGUGACUGCCGAGGAGAUAUUUGGGAGCAUGGCCUGGCCCAUGCGGUCGAUCAUAUCUUGGUAUUUUAGGAGGAGGGUGAUCGAGUCCAUAUGGAACGCUGGGAUGGGGCGUCAUUCCCAGGCAGAAGCUCAGUCUUUGCAAAAAGAGGCUUUCGAGGCUCUCGAAGCAAGGCUGUCGGGCCACUUGUAUUUCCACGACAGCGAACAACCGACAUGCAUUGAUCUUAUCGUCUAUGCUUUCCUCGCCAAUACACUCGCAACGAAUGGGAACCCGUACUGGGCGGAUAUGGUGCUAAGGAAUCCCACCCUGCUAGCAUUCACGAAAAGGAUGACGACCCUACUCUUCCCCGAAUACAAGCUCCUUUUGCAUCGCAUUGAAGAAGCUGGCGUUCUGAGUUAGCAGGGGACAUGGGUGAUUGGAGUUAUGAAAGGAACAAUUUUCGGAAACUGGGCGUUUCGUGUGGUUCGUCGCCAUGCUGGAGUAAUGAACCGUUUCUCCCGUUUGUAACUGAUUAUCGCCAUGACAUUAAUGUACACUUCAAGUCCAAAACUUGUUGUCGUGAUUCAGCAAACUGAUUGCUGCGGAUUGGCUGCAGCAUUACGUUUCGUAGUACCUAAUCAUAGUGGCGGCUCGCCGCCAGUCCCCAACU